GCCCAAGACAGAAACUGCAGCUUAUUGAUGAGUUCUACAUGUUUUGUCUGUGUGUUGCUGCUGGCCUUAAAGAGAGAGUUUUGGCUGGGAAGUUUGGGGUGAGCACUGAUACAGUGAGUUGUGUUUUGAUCACUUGGUCAAAUUACUUGUACCUUGUACUGGGAUCGGUUCAAAUCUGGAUGACGCGGGAGCAGGUGAGAAGAACAAUGCCUGUGAAAUUCCAGCAGGUCACCCCAAAUCUGAGGGUCAUUGUUGACUGCACAGAGUUCAGACGCAAGAACCCAAAGGCGCUCACCCUCCACUGUGAGACAUUCUCCACACACAAGAGCUACACCACCUUCAAGGCAUUAAUUGGAGUUGCACCCUCUGGUGCAGUCACUUUUGCAUCCAAAGUUUUCACUGGCCCGAUCUCUGUGAAGGAGUUGGCAUGGCAGUCAGGAAUUUUGGAGUUACUGGAGCCAGGGGAUGAGAUCAUGGCAGACAAGGACUUCUUCUUUGAGAAGGCGUUGGUGGCUGUUGGGGCCAAAUUGAUCACUCCACCUAUCAAACACAAAAGCCACUUAAGCAGAGAGGAAACUACGAGGAGCCAGGCCACAGCCAGACUCCGUAUUCUCAUUGAACAGGCAAUUAGACGGAUAAAAGAGUACCGCAUUUGGGAUUCACCAGUUCCCCUCACCUUGGCAGGCACUGUAAACCAGAUAUGGUCCUGCUGUUGCAUGAUGGCGAAUUAUCAGGGUCCUCUAAAUCUUGAAGAAACAAGUAGUACUAUUGUUCAGGCGAUUUAAAAAAAAAAAAAAAGGAUCCCCUUCUUCCCCUGCCAGGUAAAUAUUUCCUCUCUUAAUUUCACCUUCAUACAACUGUGAUAAAAUGCAUUAUCUUAUACUGUAUUUUGCAGUUGUAUAUUUAAGAUGCACAUUUUCAGUCCUUAACAAUUUGUAGAACCAGAUUAACAAGCUGCCAAGUAUACGCUGGAGUUACAUUAAGAGUUUUCUAACCUCUUUUUUGGUAUACAUUGGAGGUGUUUACUUUGAAAAGGUUGUAUAUUAAAGUCAACAUGUGUUAUUGACUGAGGACUGCUCGUCGCCUUUGCUUCUUUGAUGGCUUUGUUCAAAUACUUGUAAGUGUCAACUGGUCAUUUAUGAUCAUUUAUUGUACGUCUGCAAAUGCUUAAAUUCUGCUGUCUUUUUAAGUGAGGCUUUCUUCUGCAGAAAGUGUUGAAAAAGUUCAUGUAGCCAGCAGCUCUGAGUGAACUAUGGACUUAUGUUGCACACCUAAAGGCAUAACUUAUCUUCUUGAAGGUCAGAGUUCAACUUUGCAAGACAAAUAUUUACAGAGGUGGUGCAACAGAGGCAGGAAUCAGAGGUUCAUUGUUGUUCAGUGGAAAAAAAAUAAUAAAUUAUUCUCAUAGUCUGGAAGAGUCUCUGUUAAAUAUAUUGUUUCUCUCCUCUAGAAUACAUCCUCACUUCCUGCCCCUCUCUUAUGGAGCUACAUUAGGGUCAAAUGUUUUGUACUUGAAAAAAUAAAAUUUGAAACUGAAAAUUCAUGUGUUGAUCUUGAAUUUUGAAAAAUACAACAAUGUAUUCAAAAUAAAAAUAAGUAUAUGAAACAUUUUUUCAGGUUAAAUAUAAUUUUGAUUCACUUUGGUAAUUCUUUUGAAUGAAUAAUUUAUUUUCAUUUUUCACUUCCAUAUAUAUUUUAACAUUUGAGGUCUUAUUUUUUUCAGUUGCAUGUUUUAUCUUUUCAGAUUCAGGUCACGUGUCAAUAAAAACUUCAUUAUAUGCG